AUGGCACCUGUUGAAGCCACCAUCAACUUUUCCAAUUCAGACGCAGGAGUUACAGACAACGCGAGAGCAAGAGAAGUAUACAAAUACUACCAGCCAAAUGCUCCCCUCGUAGCAGAACCAACCUUUCCAGCGGAAGCUGUACCUUCAGAAGGUCAAGCAGAAGGAAAAGAUGAACCCCCGCGAAACAUUCCUGUCAAGUCAGACAUCACCUCGUCCAAGAUAUCAAGUCCAGAUACCGCCUUGACAGCAUUCUGCCAGCUAUUGACAUGGAGAUUGGGCGCACAAAGAGCUAUGAUCGGUCUUCUAGAUGCCGACACACAGUAUUUCAUCGCGGAAAGUACCAAGACCGUUGAUCUCGUAGACGCCGCCAAGCAUGCUCCAGGGGACGACAUAUGGAUGGGAUGUAGUUCUGUCGCUAAAGCUGGGAAGUUGUGUGAGAGAACGAUUCAAGUAGAAAGAUCAACGGUUCCGGGUGAAGAGGAUCUCUAUCCAAGUUUCAUUAUUAAUGAUUUGGAGAAAGACGAACGAUUCAACCAACUACCUUUCGUGACCGGGCCUCCAAACUUGCGAUUCUAUGCUGGCGUCCCACUAAUCACCAAGAAAGGUAUUGCUAUAGGUAGCUUGUUUAUCGUCGAUGACCGUGUACGCCAUGGGCUUUCAAAGCAGGACAUUCACUUUAUGGGAACGAUGGCCACGACUGUGAUGGCGCAUCUCGAGAUAUCAAGAGAAGUGGAGGAGCGGAGAAGAGGAAUGAAGAUGAGUCGCGGUUUGGCGUCAUUUGUGCAAGGCCGCUCCCAAUUAUUGGAGGCAGAUGCUGAUGCCGAGGACGGAGAGGGAAUAGGAAUCGUGGGCCGGUUCGAAGUUGAUACGCCGAUUGCAAAGACUCGGUCGCGAGAUUCUCAGGGGACAUCCAUACCUUCGACCGUUGGAUCAUCGUCGAGUACUGAUCGCAAGCAUUUCCAGCCUGUCUUAGCAACCACUGAAGGUGGCAUGGUUGAAUCUCCUGGCAAGAUAGACUUGCAUCAUCAUCGCCCCGACCUUGCGGCUGAAUCUCAACGAGGAUCCCAUGCUUCUAUUGGUACGACGACUGGAAGUGCAUGGUCACCACGUUCGCAAGACAAGAAUAGUGACGAAUCCCCAGGCAGUCAACUUUCAGAAGAAUCAUCGCAACGACGUUUGACAUCUCGCGCCGCGAACCUCAUUCGAGAAACUUUCGAGGUCGAUGGUGGGUGCAUAUUUUACGAUGCACAAGCAGGUUCUGCUUCUAAUAAGUCUGAACAGGCGGAAAAUUCUGACAAGACGACGUCUGAACACAGUUAUUCCGAUAGUCAUGUUACUAGCAGUGAUGAGUUGUAUUCGCCAGAGGAUACAGUAAAUGCUAGUGGUGUUCAAGCUCGAACUUCUCCAGGGGAGAAAACAACCACUCCGUCAGGACAGGCAUAUACCCGUAGUUCUACUGCUUCCAGAAAACUGGUGGAUAUCUUAGGAUUUUCUACCCCUAACGCGGCAUCUAUUCACGGGGAUCCUGUCCCUGGACCAGAUUCAUUCCGACCAUUCCACGAAAAGGCGCUCCAUGUCUUGCUGCGACGAUACCCAACGGGAAAGCUGUGGACAUUCGACUCAGAUGGCGAGGUUUCUUCGUCCUCCGAGGAAGAGUAUCAUCGAUUUGCUUCUGGAAAGGACGUUCUCCAGAGAAAAAGAGACUUGCACAAGAGGAAAGCGAGAAAUGCAAGGCUCAAGACCGACGCCAAAUUUCUGGCUAAGCAUUUCCCAGGAGUGCGUGAGCUCUUGUUCAUACCACUUUGGGAUGCCGGAAGAUCUCGUUGGCUUAGUGGAUGCUUUGUGUGGUCCACUGAAAUUACCCGUAUUCUAUCAAAGCGAAGCGAAUUGUCUUUCUUGACCGCCUUUGGUAAUUCCGUCAUGGCAGAGUGGUCUCGAAUCGACACUGAAUUCGCGAAUCAAAAGAAGGGUGAUUUCAUCGGCAGUAUCUCUCAUGAGUUGAGAUCGCCCCUUCAUGGCAUUCUUGCGAGCGCAGAGUUUCUCGGGGAGGAGGUACAGACGACGUAUGAGAAGGGUCUGGUGGAGACGAUCUCAAGCUGUGGCAGAACAUUACUUGACACCAUUAAUCACGUCCUCGACUUUUCCAAGAUCAAUCAUUUCGAAAGAACAUGGCGCAAAAACAGAAGCGGUAAUGUUCGAUCGGCCAUGUCUGUGAAAUCAGAUAUACCGAUGAUCAACCUCUACGCAGAUGUAGAUGUUUCGGUCAUAUGUGAGGAGGUUGUGGAAGGCGUAUACGCUGGACAUAUAUUUCAGAGCGGUACUGCUGCUGCCAAUUUCGACAUGGUUGCAAAGGUUCCCACGACUUCCCAGAGCUUCACUGGCACAACAACUCUACCACAACAAGUUGGUCUUGUUUUUGAUGUCGACCUCGAGGACUUUAAUUUCACGACUCAACCCGGUGCUUUCCGCAGAAUCGUUAUGAAUCUUCUAGGCAACGCGUUGAAGUAUACAGCGCACGGCUAUGUUAGGGUCAAACUAGCUUCUACGCCUAUGGAUGACUUUCAUGAUGCUGAGACCGGGGAAUUUGUUCCAAGAGCUAUGCUCCAUCUUACAGUAACGGAUACAGGGCAAGGAAUCUCACCAGAAUUUUUACGCUCGAGACUUUUUACACCGUUUACUCAAGAAAACUCUCUCUCUAGUGGGACUGGACUUGGACUUGCUAUUGUGAAAAGUAUUGUCUCUAUUUUAGAGGGUGACAUUACCAUAGACAGCGAGGUCGGUCGUGGAACGCAGGUCCGCGUAAGUCUCCCACUCCUACGAGGUGGAAUCAAACGCCCCGAGUCGGUAUCUAUUAGCACCCCAAAAUCGAUGACAUCAUUCACGAAAGAGACAGAUGAAUCAGUUGCCAAAUUGCGAUCCCUAGUCGCUGGGCAGCGAGUUUCAUUGCAUGGGUUUGACGCUGAGAUAGAAAUUCCGGCUACUAUGAAAUUGGCAAAACUAUUCAAAGCAUCCAUAUCAAACUUUCUCACGAAUUGGUACGGGAUGAUUGUUGUUCCAUCAAAUCAAAAAGCCUCCAUUAUCAUCUCUAAUGAUGGGUCAAUCCCCACGCUAUCAAAAAUUGUCCGAAGUUCGAUCAAACAAUGGAAGAUUAAUCCGACCGUAGUAGUGUUGUGUUCACAUGCUUCACGUUUUGAUCGCACAGCGGCUGAAGCAGAGAACAAACUUAACAUUGGUUAUGUUAGCAAGCCAAUUGGACCUUUAAAGCUAGGAAAGGCUAUCGCUCAGUGUUUCGAGUCUUCACGACCGGUAACACCAGGAAUGCUGGAUGUACCCCCGACCCCCGAGAGCAAUGACUUGACCAACGUCUUUGAGGAGAUGACAUUGAAUUCUUCUGGUGGAGAGGUAUUGGACAAUAGUAGAAUGGCCGCGGAUAGCGACAAUGCCCGAAAAGCAAUAGAGAGUCCAACACCAAACGCUGGUCCCACAGGUGAAAAAAGAACCGAGUUUCCCUUUCCCACACCAGGCAAGGCAAAAACACUUCCAAUGGCAAAGGAACUCUUCCAACCACCGCUUAUAAACGUUCAAUCGUCGAAAGUGGAGGAGCGGGCGGUCGAUUUGAGACCUGAGGCAACUGUUCCUGUUCCAACAAGCAAGCCUCCAAGUUUCUUGCUUGUUGAUGACAAUGCGAUUAACUUGACGUUAUUGAGCACAUCUAUCAGAAGGCGAAAGCACGAGGUUAUUGAUACAGCGAUGGACGGUCUUGCAGCUGUCAGUCAAUUCAAAUCUAGACAGGAGGGUUAUGAUAUUAUUUUUAUGGAUAUAUCGAUGCCCCUUCUCGAUGGAUUUGGCGCUACAAAAGAGAUUCGAAAUAUUGAAGUGUCACGAAAGGCGAAAGCAGCGGAAGACAAUGUAGCCUUCACUCCAGCAUUGAUCAUUGCGCUCACUGGACUUGCCAGCAGUGAGGACCAAUCGAGGGCCUUUAAGCUAGGCGUUGACCUGUUCCUGACGAAGCCGGUCAGUUUCAAAGACGUCAAGAAGAUGCUUGAUAACUGGGAAGCGAAUAAGGAGAGAGUGUCUAGGUCGUGA